AUGGCGUCGAACCCACAGAAUAGCAAUUGCUUCCUGAACGUGCCGCAGUUGAUCGCCACCUACUCGCUGCUAGCGAAUGCUGCUGAUACGAAGGUGGCCAAUCAGCUGCGUAAUCGUCUCUUCGGCACCGAGGUGGACGAGCUGGCCCGAAUCGAGCGCAGCCGCCGUUGUCCGAUCAUCACGACGGCGUCGAAUCUGGUGAUCCGCCUGCCGGACGUCAACCAAAACGAAAUGUUUCGUGUUCCUUUUGAGGGCCUCCCCGUCGACGUGCUGGCCGGCGAGAUUCGCUCGUUCAAGGCCGACUCCGUCAAGCUGUUCCAGAUUGAUCGCCACGACGUGCUGACGGUGCCCACCGUUCACGACGCGCUGACGAUUUAUAUCAUUCAGAAAAACAUGACCGAGUUGCUGGCGAGCAAGGCCCACUUCACGGAGCUCUUGCGCAAGCUACGCCUCAAUACGGAAGUGUCGAAGGAGUACAAGUCGCUGAUUCUGCCGGUGUGGGACCAGCCGGGCCGAGCCGCCAACAUUGCCGAAGCCUUUCAGAGCGAACUCCGCGACAACCCGUACAUCUACAACCAGCUGUUCGUCCCCGGCGGUUUUGAGGAUUUGGCCCAACCAGAUAGUGCCCCGUCCUCGACGCUGCCGCCGGCCAUCCAGCACCACGAUCUGUUCGACAUUGCCGAUCUGUCGCGCAGAAAGGGAUCUCGCCCUGUCCCUCUCCCUCCAGUGCCCGCCGACUACACACGCUACAUAGUCGACCACCCGUUCGUCAUCAUCCUCAUCGACAAGGCCAUUAAUAUGCCGGUGCAGAUGGGAUAUAUCAGCCGCCCAACUCCAGCCGAUCGGCCGCGCGAUGACGCCGCGAAGAAGGGCCUCGGCUGCACGAUCGCC